UCUGUUAUGUGCCUUUCCAUUUUGUAUUAUUAACAGCUGUCAAAACUUUGUGUAGCGCUAUCAACAAAAUAUUUAUUUUCAUUAAUUAAGAGCGAUUAUAGACAUUUUUAUUUCAAAAGCAUGUCUUCAGCAAUUUAUUUAGAAAAUUAUCUGGAUGGAUUAGAGUCAUUGCCUACAGAGCUGGAACGGAACUUCAAACUUAUGCGUAAAUUAGAUGAUCGAGCUCAAACUGCUAUGAAAAGCAUCGAUUCGAGGGCGAAAGAGUUCAUGCAUAAGCUUGCAGCCAAUGGAGGCUCUUCUAUGACAGAUGAAGAACGCAAAGAGCGUCUAAUAGAUAUACAAUCACUAUUCGGCAAAGCAAAAGAAUACAGUGAUGACAAAGUACAAUUAGCCAUACAAACAUAUGAAUUGGUGGAUAAACAAAUUAGACGCCUUGACAACGAUUUAGCGCGCUUUGAGGGCGAAAUACAGGAGAAGGCAUCAUCAACGCGCAGCAAAUCAGAAGAAGCUGUAGUAAAAAAAGGUCGUAAGAAAACAAAGGACGCGAAAACGCCGGGAAAGCGUAAACGGACUGGCUCAUCAGAUGAGGAGGCUCGUCCAAAUAACACCAAUGUUUCAACAAGUGGUAGUGGUGGUGGAGGUAGUGGAGGCGGGCAAGGUAGCAAAAAGAAAAGGGCGAAGGUAAAUCAAGAAAAAGAAACUCGCAAAGGGGGUCAAAAGAAAAAUGUCGAUAUUGAGGACUCUGAAAAGGAGUCAUGCCUAACUGCAGCAACACAUCCAAGUGAUGUACUGGAUAUGCCAGUGGAUCCAAAUGAACCUACUUAUUGCUUGUGUCACCAAGUGUCCUACGGCGAAAUGAUUGGUUGUGACAACCCAGAUUGUCCAAUUGAAUGGUUCCACUUUGCCUGCGUGGGACUUACAACAAAACCGAAAGGAAAAUGGUUUUGUCCGAAGUGUACACAAGAUAGGAAGAAAAAAUAAUUCUGGAUUUAAUUUUUCACAAUUAAUUUAAGUAGGGUUAAAUUUAGGGUUAUGUAACUUUUUGUAUCGUUCAUGUUUAAAAAGUAAUAAAGAAUUAUCACUGCA